ACCGCAGCAGUACACAGUACAUAACACACGGCCCGCGACAGUCAGGCGCGGACCGAGCCCGCGAGCGCGCGCGCACCGCUAGCACCAACCUCAGCCGGCACAUCGCCGCGAGAACAUUCCGAACACGAACUUCGAAUCAAAUCAGUAAAACAUUAAUGAAAAAUAUUUUUAUUAAUCUGACAGUGCAGUGAAUAUUGAACGGACAAAUGAAGAUGACAGUCAAUCGAAUAAGAGUGGUGGUGCUGGGCAGCCCCCGCUGCGGCAAGUCUGCCGUGGUGGUGCGCUACCUGACCAAGCGGUACAUCGGGGAGUACAGCUCCACCGGAGAUUUCCUUUAUCAGCACCGAGUCGCUUUUGACGGAGCCACUUCUGAAGUUGAGGUUUUGGAUACAUGCGGAUGCGCUAAGCGCGGCUGCCUAGCGGAGCACUUGCGCUGGGGCGACGCGUUCGCGGUGGUGUACUCGGUGUGCGACCGCCGGUCGUUCCUGGCAGCCGCCGAGCUGCUGGCCCUGCUCGAGAGGACGCGGCUGCCUGGAUGCACCGCCGUCACCCUGCUAGGGAACAAAACCGACUUAGAACAUGCGAGAGUUGUGAACGCGGAAGAGGGCCAGGAGCUGUCGCUGCGGUUCGGCUGCCAGUUCUACGAGGUGUCGGCGGCGGAGGGCAGCGCGGGCGCGGCGCUGGCCUUCCACGCGCUGCUGCGCGAGGCGCGGGCGCUGGCGCUGCUGCUGCCGCCGCCGCGCCGCAACCGCGCCGCAUACUCCGUCUCUAAGGUAAUCGGCACAAUCCUCGGGUUGAGCAACAAGAGCGUGAGGAAGAAACGUCCGUCGCUGAGCAUAUGAUGCGUCGCGGGGAGCGGCGUGCGUCGGUCACUCCUCGACGGGAGUUUGUUUGUUACUGUCCGGUGACGGAACGCCUCCGUAGCGGGGUGGGCAGGGCAGGGCGGCGAGCCUCGCGCCUCGCGGCACGGGGCGUGGGCGCUGCGAAGGAUUCGUCAAACACGGAUGAAGAAUACUACUAGUUAUUAUAUGAUACUCAAGUACCUAUGUUAUAUCUGUAAAUAACACUGUGUAAAAUUCUUAUAUCUUCAUAAGUUUCGAACCUGCUUUCUGUAGGUGUGUAGGUUAAAAUUUCUUUGUACGUCGGCGAGCUAUCGCAAUCCCAUAUUGAUAAGGGCGCGAAAGUUGUACCGGCGUUUUGAAAUGGUCAUUACGACGUGAUAUUUUUUCACUUUUACUUGUUACUUAAUAAAUGUACUUUAGAAGUACAAUGUUUAAGCUUCCCGCCAGUCAUUUAAUUAAAAUAUGACUUUUAUUAAACUUACAUUUUGAGAUGACACGAAAUUGGUACGAAAUGUAAUAAAUCAUUUAAAAAGACAUUAUUCUUUACUUUUAAAAAUUAAGAUGUAAGUAUUUGUGGAAAGUAAGAAUUUGAUAUAUUGGAUAAUUUUGUCUGCUUUUAUCUCAUUCACUCUCACUAUUGAUCGUUGUUGCGUAAGAGUUUUUAUACAUUCUAGUACAACAAGUUUUUGAGGAAAACCACGGCGGAGAGAAGGGUAUUAGUGUUACUGCAAGGUUUGUUGUAUUUAUUUGCCUAUUUGUGCCGUAUAUACAUAAUAAUUUGACGACAGUCUCAGUUUGAGUUUCAAGAUGAACGUUGUUAGGUUUGUGUACCUAAAGUUGUAUAUCUUUUUAUGUGCGGAGACAAACAUGUUAUUUAUCUGUUGGUUGUGUAUUAAAGUAAGCGAGGUGUAACGAUUAUACCCGGCAGUAGCCAGCCGCUGUGCCGGACAGCCUGAAUCUCGGGCUAGCAGCAAGACUGUCCGCUCGGGGUCAAUUUAUGGACCAUUAAUAUUAAAUAAUAAUGCCGAGCCUAUUAAUGUAAAUAAUUUGUGUUGAAUAUAAUUGUAAUUGUGCCGUUUUAUGGGGCUCUUGACUACGUAUUAAUCUUUAUUGCCAUAUGUAUUUAUCUAUGUCUAUAAUAAAUAUUUAUUCUGUUAUACAAUUAUAAUGUGAAAUACACUCAAAUACAUCCUUACUGAACUAUUUAUUAUAUUUCAUAAUAAUUUACUAUAAUAAUAAUAUAUUUUCAUUUUGUAAAAAUGACUCCUUUUGUUUCAUUUAUAAUAAGUAACAUUAUUCAUUGUAAUAUGCUCUCAAAUAUAUAUAAUUUUAUAAUA